UUAUCCUCCAUAGAAAUAAUGUCGGGGUUUUUAGAAUUCUCUCAAGUGUUCUUCUUUAUUGAUUUUUGUUUACUGUUGAAGUUUUGAUUUUGGCAUAUUCUUUAUUUGAUACUUGUUUGAUCGUUACAUGUUCCUGAUUAUCUUUGGCUGGUUGUUAAUAAACACGAUCUUAGCUACUAUUUCGACAUCUUUUCUCAAUUUUGGCAGUUAUUAUUCCAAGCCAAUUCAGGUUUUACUUGUGUAAAGAUCUGGGCUUUGAGAGGAGGUUGUUUUAUGUGUAAGAAUCAAAAAGUAGUUUCAAAUGGCGGCAAGAGUAGAAGCAGCAACAAUGGAUGGUGAGAUUGAUGAAGAAGAGAAUGAUGAGAGAGGUAGCAUGUGGGAUUUGGACCAGAAGCUUGAUCAAUCCAUGGAUGAAGAAGCUGGUCGACUUAGAAACAUGUACAGAGAAAAGAAAUUCUCGGCUCUUCUGCUUCUGCAGCUUUCGUUUCAGAGCCUCGGUGUUGUUUAUGGAGAUUUAGGGACUUCUCCUCUCUAUGUUUUCUACAAUACAUUUCCUCAUGGGAUCAAAGAUCAAGAAGAUAUCAUUGGAGCUCUAUCUCUCAUUAUUUAUUCACUCACACUCAUCCCUCUCCUCAAAUAUGUUUUCGUUGUAUGUAAAGCAAAUGAUAAUGGUCAAGGUGGGACUUUUGCUCUGUAUUCAUUACUCUGUAGACAUGCCAAAGUGAAAACAAUUCAGAACCAACACCGUACUGAUGAAGAACUUACUACUUACAGCCGCACUACGUUCCAUGAGCAUUCAUUUGCUGCUAAGACUAAAAGAUGGUUAGAAAAGCGGACAUCUAGAAAAACCGCUCUUCUUAUUUUAGUUCUUGUUGGUACAUGUAUGGUCAUCGGCGAUGGUAUCCUUACUCCCGCCAUUUCUGUUCUCUCAGCUGCUGGUGGGCUAAGAGUAAACCUUCCUCACAUAAGCAAUGGUGUUGUUGUUUUUGUCGCUGUUGUGAUAUUAGUCAGCUUGUUUAGUGUACAGCAUUAUGGAACAGACCGGGUUGGUUGGCUUUUCGCGCCCAUUGUUUUUCUCUGGUUUCUCUCUAUCGCAAGUAUCGGUAUCUACAAUAUCUGGAAACACGACACUAGUGUCUUGAAAGCUUUCUCCCCGGUUUAUAUAUAUCGGUAUUUUAAAAGAGGAGGUCGGGAUCGUUGGACCUCUCUUGGAGGUAUUAUGCUUAGUAUAACAGGAAUCGAAGCACUCUUCGCUGAUCUAUCGCAUUUUCCGGUCUCAGCUGUGCAAAUCGCGUUUACUGUAAUCGUGUUUCCUUGCCUCCUUUUGGCUUAUAGUGGACAAGCUGCUUACAUUAGGAGGUAUCCGGAUCAUGUGGCUGAUGCGUUUUACCGUUCCAUUCCAGGAAGCGUAUAUUGGCCAAUGUUCAUUAUUGCAACCGCUGCAGCGAUUGUGGCGAGCCAAGCUACGAUCUCGGCGACAUUCUCCUUAGUCAAGCAAGCUCUAGCCCACGUGUGGCGUUGCCAUUGGGUUCUGGUUCUCAUAUUCACCAUCCUCUCACUUGUCGUGGAAUGCACCUAUUUUUCGGCCAUGCUUUUCAAAAUUGACCAAGGUGGUUGGGUACCGCUCGUAAUCGCUGCAGCUUUUCUCCUCAUCAUGUCGGUAUGGCACUACGGAACUUUAAAGAGAUACGAGUUUGAGAUGCACAGUAGAGUCUCAAUGGCUUGGAUCCUCGGACUUGGUCCUAGCCUUGGGCUUGUUCGGAACCUCCCGGUUUACACCGUCCCCGAGGAAGAGCGGUUCCUCGUUAAAAGGAUUGGUCCAAAAAAUUUCCACAUGUUCCGUUGUGUCGCAAGGUACGGAUACAGAGACUUGCACAAGAAAGAUGAUGACUUUGAGAAACGCCUCUUUGAGAGCCUCUUCUUGUAUGUCCGCCUUGAAUCGAUGAUGGAAGGAGGCUGUUCGGAUUCCGAUGACUACAGCAUCUGCGGAAGCCAGCAACAGCUUAAAGACACACUUGGGAACGGGAAUGAGAACGAGAAUCUGGCAACGUUUGAUACAUUUGACUCGAUAGAGUCAAUAACCCCAGUGAAACGGGUGAGCAACACGGUGACAGCGUCGAGCCAGAUGAGCGGUGGAGUAGACGAGCUGGAGUUCAUAAACGGGUGCAGGGACGCAGGAGUGGUACACAUAAUGGGAAACACGGUGGUUCGAGCCAGGAGGGAAGCGAGGUUCUACAAGAAGAUAGCGAUUGACUAUGUGUAUGCAUUUCUUAGGAAGAUUUGCAGAGAACAUAGUGCUAUCUACAAUGUUCCUCAGGAGAGCCUUUUGAAUGUUGGUCAGAUUUUCUAUGUAUAAAAAUAUAUAUGUAUAUGCAUGUGUUGUUUAUAUUCCGUUUGUUUGUGAUGUCUAUGAUGGUGUAUAGUUAUAUCAAAAUUUUUGUGCACAUGCAGAAAAAGGUUGGGUUUGCCAAGUUAUUAAACAAUGGAAGGACUA